UAGAGACUGCAAGGCUUUCUGAAGGCCCAUCUACAUCUAGGACAAGGGAAAAGAAGAAAAUCCUUAAAACUGUCAAAAGCUGCCUGUCCAUUGGCCACCAGGACUAUCAGGACAACGAUGAACAGGAUGCCCAUGAAUUUUUGGUCCACCUCCUGUGUCAGCUGAAGGAGGAGGGUAUGGCACUGAAGGACUCACCAGAACCGUACAUCUGUCCGGUGAAGCAGCUGGAAUUCACACUGAACACUACGCGUACCUGUACCAGCUGUGGAGCUGUAGUGUUUGGUCAGGAGAAAUACAACCACCUGUCACUAAGUCUAAGCGCUCACCUGAGACAUAGCCUGGAACACUACUUCAUGCCGUCUCCAUUGGAAUGUAAAUGCUGGGACUGUUCAGGCAGCAUGGCAUCUGUGUCCACCCACUUCCUGACACUGCCUCGGGUCCUAAUGCUUCAUGUGAAGCGGUUUUGUGCAGAUGACUGGGAGCCAAAGAAGGUAGAGGACCCCAUGUUUAUCCCAGAAGAACUUACUCUCCAGGGCCUUUGUGGGGAAACUGUCCAGCCUGGUGACAGUACCAUCGAUUCACAAAGGGUGAGGUCACUGGGAAACAACAGCGUGGUCAACACUCCACCAAACUGCCCUUCUAGUUCAGCUUCAAAUGGUUCAGACCAGCAAGCAAAAGCAGCUGACAGGGAGAAAAGGCAGCAGACAGCCACAGUGAGAUACCAGCCAGAACCUGUUUAUAGAUUGUCAAGUGUGAUCUCUCAUCUGGGAGACAGCUUGUAUACAGGCCACUACAUCACUGAUCUGCUGGACAGCCAUGGUAGUGGAUGGCUCUGUAUGGAUGAUGCACGUGUCCGUAGGACAGAUGUGGCCACUGUACUCAGGACCAGAGCUCACACUGCCUACAUCCUCUUCUAUGUGGGCAGUGGAGCAUGUGAAGGUGACCAGGCACCUAAGAUGCAGAAUUAGAAGAGCUUCCAAUAGAAUCUGUCUGCCCAAUACCAUCAAGGGGAUCAAAAGCUGCAUUAUUUUGCAUGAAGAGUGGACAA